GGAUAAUGAUGGAACAACAACAACAAGGAAGGAUGACUGAGGAGGAGGAUGGUGAUGGAUGGUGAUGGUCAUAUGAAUCCCUAUUUAGGUCAUCAGAUGCGCCUGGUCUUCCAGAUACGCUGCAGAGGUGACCACUGCAAACGCCUGCGCCAAAACAAAUAUCUGACGACUAUUGAAUACUCCAGAGCGCACGCCAAAGAUAGAGAGAGCCAUCAUAAUGACCGAGAACGACGUUGACAACGAGCUGUUGGAUUAUGAAGAUGAUGAGGUGGAAAAUCAGGCAGCUGGAGAAGGGGUGGAUGUCCCAUCUAAAAAAGAUGUCAAGGGAUCCUAUGUCUCUAUCCACAGUUCUGGUUUUCGUGAUUUUUUGUUAAAGCCAGAACUCCUCCGUGCCAUUGUUGACUGUGGCUUUGAGCACCCCUCAGAAGUGCAGCAUGAGUGCAUCCCACAGGCAAUUUUGGGCAUGGAUGUCCUUUGCCAGGCCAAAUCUGGCAUGGGCAAGACUGCCGUCUUUGUUCUUGCUACACUUCAGCAGUUGGAGCCAGUCACAGGACAGGUAUCAGUGCUAGUAAUGUGUCACACCCGUGAACUGGCCUUCCAGAUCAGUAAGGAGUAUGAGCGCUUUUCCAAGUAUAUGCCCAGUGUCAAGGUAGCAGUGUUCUUUGGGGGCCUGUCCAUCAAGAAGGAUGAGGAGGUGCUGAAGAAGAACUGCCCACAUAUUGUGGUGGGAACCCCGGGCCGCAUCCUGGCUUUGGCCCGCAACAAGAGCCUCAACCUCAAACAUAUCAAGCACUUCAUCCUGGACGAAUGCGACAAGAUGCUUGAGCAGCUUGAUAUGCGCCGGGAUGUCCAGGAGAUCUUCCGCAUGACCCCGCAUGAAAAGCAGGUCAUGAUGUUCAGUGCCACUCUCAGCAAGGAAAUCCGCCCUGUGUGCCGCAAAUUCAUGCAAGACCCCAUGGAGAUCUUCGUGGAUGAUGAGACCAAGCUGACGCUGCACGGUCUGCAGCAGUACUAUGUCAAACUGAAAGACAACGAGAAGAACCGCAAGCUGUUUGACCUGCUUGAUGUACUGGAGUUCAAUCAGGUGGUCAUCUUUGUGAAGUCUGUGCAGCGCUGCAUUGCACUAGCUCAGCUACUGGUGGAGCAGAACUUCCCUGCAAUUGCCAUACACAGGGGCAUGCCUCAGGAAGAGAGGUUGUCGCGGUACCAGCAGUUCAAGGAUUUCCAGCGUCGUAUCUUGGUGGCCACCAAUCUCUUUGGCCGUGGGAUGGAUAUUGAGCGAGUCAACAUUGCUUUCAACUAUGACAUGCCAGAGGAUUCAGACACCUAUCUGCACCGGGUGGCACGUGCUGGGCGCUUUGGUACAAAGGGCUUGGCAAUUACUUUUGUUUCGGAUGAAAAUGAUGCUAAGAUACUCAAUGAAGUGCAGGACCGUUUUGAGGUGAACAUCAGUGAGCUGCCUGAUGAGAUCGACAUCUCCUCUUACAUUGAACAGACCCGAUAAAGGGGCCCCUGCCUCUCUACGUUUACCUUGGUUUUAGUUCCUGAUCUCCUCCACUUCCCUGAAACUUCACCUUUAAUUUCACAUGAUGAAGAAUGAGGUGACUGACAGUCUGGAACACACAAAGACACCCUAAUCUGUGGCAGGGAUGAAAAGGCUGCUGUCACUAGACUGUGCAUAGUGGAGAUGGGGCCAACCUUAGCAGAUUUCAUGAGAAGCCCUCAGGUUGACAGUCCCUUUGUUCAGCUGGAAUUAAGAAGAUAAAGGAGGGCCCUGCUAUGGCUGCCUGCUCAUGAGACUCACUUUCAGAUGAAUUCUUACUGCCUGCCUUCCAGCAAGAUUUUGGGAUGUCACCUUUCAGCAUUGCUCCACUUCAUCUUCACAUCAGCACUACCCAGUGAUCUGCUUCCCAUAAUGGGAAGAUCAAAGGAGGAGUUUAGAUGGCAGCGCUCUGGAUUUCUGGCAUUUAAAAUUAGGUUUUGUUUUACAGGGGGAAAAAACUUGGGGGAGAGGGAUCUUGAGUGCACAGAAGUUUUUUUUUUUUUUUUGUAUUCCCAUUUCAUGAUGUUUUUAAGAUUUGUUUUUCUUAUGUAUGUUCCACAUUAUUUUUUAAUUUUGUCUGCAUGUUAAAAUUAAUCCCCUGUCCCAGCUGGUCUCUUUUGGCAGGUAAACUAGUAGUGAAAGAUUGGCAAUGUUUUAGCUGUGGCUUGUUCUUUCUCCCUUUGAAUACCCUCUUAUUUUUGGUAAUAAAGGAACCCAGCUCUUAAGGGUGUCUGAUUAAACUAGUCUUGUGAAUAA